UAACAAAAAAGUAAUGGCCAUCUAUUUGGGUCUCGAAAAAGGAAGCUUAGCCUAUUUUUCGUCGGACUGCUGUAGGUGUGUUCGAGUUUUUUGCGUGCUAGCGCGCGCGUUCGGCCGUUAGAGACCCCCGCGUGCGUUUUUGUAGUAAACCUUCGUGUCUCGCGGCUGCAGGGCCGUUGAGUAACUGCCAGAACUUGGCGCCGCGUUUAGGGUUAAAGCAGCCUGCUAGCCACGCUAACGCUAGCUACUACGACCGAUGCCGUGUGUGUGUGCGUGUGUGUGCGCGUGUGAGAGUGAAGCCCGUACGAGUUGAACGUUUUGUCUCCAAGUCUCCGCACAUUUAGUUCAGGUUUUUUUUUUUUUUUUUUUUAGCGCAGCGCGGUCGUUUGUCCUUUUCUGAGAUAACCCACUCUUACUUGAGCAACGCGAUGACGGAGACGCACUUUCGACCAUGAUGUUCAAGACGACGACCAACGACUACUUGAGAGGAUUUAAAAGCUAAAUCGAGCCUGUUUUCAUGGAGAAAAGUUGAGCUGAGGAUUAGCAACCUGGGAAAACCGAGGAAAGAUUUUAAGUCUUACGUAUUGUGCAAGGACAUGCUGAAACUCCAGUGAUGGAGCCUACCGUUGUGAGUACAUCCACUCUGCCCUCCGAUGAGUUUGAUAGGAAUGUGCCACGGAUCUGCGGCGUGUGUGGCGACAAAGCCACUGGCUUCCACUUCAACGCUAUGACCUGUGAAGGAUGCAAGGGCUUUUUCAGGCGCAGCAUGAAGCGUAAGGCCUCCUUCACAUGUCCCUUUAAUGGCAGUUGCACCAUCACCAAGGACAACAGGCGCCACUGCCAGGCAUGCAGGCUCAAACGCUGUGUGGACAUUGGCAUGAUGAAAGAGUUCAUUUUGACAGAUGAGGAAGUGCAGAGAAAGAAGGACCUGAUUCAGCGGAGGAAGGAGGAGGAGGCGCAACGUGAAGCAGAAAAGGAAGCACGCCGACCCAGACUCUCUGACGAACAGAGCCAAGUCAUUGCCACACUGGUGGAAGCACACCACAAAACAUAUGACGACUCCUACUCUGAUUUUUGCCGUUUCAGGCCUCCUGUGCGUGAAGGCCCGGUGACCCGAAGUGCCAGCAGAGCUGCCUCUCUCCACUCCUUCUCUGAUGCCUCCUCCGACUCUUUCAGUCACUCUCCAGAGUCUGUUGACACCAAAAUGAACUUCUACAACCUGAUGAUGUAUCAGGAGCAUGGCAACAGCCCUGACUCCAGUGAGGAGGAAGGCUCAGGCUUCUCGAUGCUUCCUCACCUGGCUGACCUGGUCUCUUACAGUAUACAGAAGGUCAUUGGCUUUGCCAAGAUGAUUCCUGGUUUCAGGGAGCUGACUGCUGAAGACCAAAUUGCUCUGCUCAAGUCCAGUGCCAUCGAGGUGAUCAUGCUGCGCUCAAAUCAGAGCUUCAACCUGGAGGACAUGUCCUGGAGCUGUGGAGGGCCCGACUUUAAAUACCAGAUCAGUGACGUCACUAAAGCGGGCCACACUCUUGAGCUGCUGGAACCACUGGUGAAGUUCCAGGUGGGCCUGAAGAAGCUCAGCCUGCACGAGGAGGAACAUGUACUGCUGAUGGCCAUCUGUCUGCUCUCCCCAGACCGCCCAGGCGUCCAGGACCAUGCACGGAUCGAAGCGCUUCAGGACCGGCUGUCUGAGAUCCUGCAGGCCUACAUCAGGCUUCACCACCCUAGCGGGCAGCUGCUGUAUGCCAAGAUGAUCCAGAAGCUGGCUGACUUGCGGAGCCUCAACGAGGAGCACUCCAAACAGUACCGCUCCCUGUCCUUCCGGCCGGAGCACAGCAUGCAGCUGACUCCGCUGGUGUUAGAAGUGUUCGGCAGUGAAGUUUCCUAGAUGCCUAAAGUUCUGGUGUAGAGCAGGAAGAUGGUAUGAGAUCCCACUGGGUAAAAUGGAGGGAGAGAGCUGAGAAUGCGCUGGAUGGACUAAAAGCGGGAGUGGUGUAUGAAGCAAGCAGAACAGAGAAAGUGUGUGUGUGCGUGCGUGCGUGCUAGUGUGUGUGUGUGUUCAUGUAUGUGAUGUCUAAAGAAAUCUUGCUUGGUUCGAAGACCAAGAAUGUUUGGAGAGCAAACAGAUGUUAACACAGUAAACAAGGGAAUGUCAUAUAGUACAAAU